GAGGAGAAUUGUUGGCCGUCGACGCAAAGAUGAAGCCGAUUUUCGGGAAGAUUGUCAGCGACAAGAUGCAGAAGAGCGUGCUCGUGGCCGUCACGCGCAUCGUCAAGGACCCCAAGUACGGCAAGUACUACAAGAAGACCAAGAAGUUCAUGGCCCACGACGAAGAGAACGCGUGCAACAUCGGCGACAUGGUGCGCCUGAGCCACACGCGCCCGCUCUCCAAGAACAAGCGCUGGAACGUAGACGAGAUCUUACGCAAGGCCGAAAUUUAGACAUGUAGUAGCAGCCAACAACGCAGUGUAUUUCUUUACUACGGCCUUGUCGUCGCCUUGACACGAUGACACACUGUACGACGCUACGGGACCUACAGCAGCAGCUAUAUACAGCAAAUUGACGACCUUGCCU